AGUUAUAAGUUCCUUUAACUUCACGUAUCUAUCUCACACAAAAAACUCUAUUUAUGGCCUUGUAUUCUUGUUACUUCUUUUUUUCAAUCUUUCAGUGAUGGAGAAUUAUUCAGGAGUUGUUAAGGAUGAUGAUCAGAUGGAGUUACCACCUGGAUUUCGAUUUCAUCCAACUGAUGAAGAAUUGAUCACUCAUUAUUUGUCUAACAAAGUUGUGGAUACUAAUUUCGUUGCUAUUGCUAUUGGUGAUGUUGAUUUGAACAAAGUUGAACCUUGGGACCUUCCAUGGAAGGCGAAAAUGGGGGAAAAAGAAUGGUAUUUUUUCUGUGUGAGAGACAAGAAGUAUCCAACAGGGCUGAGAACAAACAGGGCAACUGCUGCAGGGUAUUGGAAAGCUACUGGAAAAGACAGAGAGAUUUUCAGGGGAAAAUCAUUGGUUGGUAUGAAGAAAACUCUGGUUUUCUACAAAGGGAGAGCUCCAAAAGGUGAAAAGACAAAUUGGGUUAUUCAUGAAUUUAGAUUAGAAGGAAAAUUGUCUCUUCAAAAUCUGCCAAAGACAGCAAAGAAUGAAUGGGUGAUUUGCAGAGUGUUUCAAAAGAGCAGUGGUGGAAAGAAAAUCCACAUUUCAGGGCUUUUGAAACUGAAUUCUAAUGAAAAUGAAAUGGGGAAUUCAUUUCUGCCACCAUUGACAGAUUCUGCUACUGCUACUGCUUCGAAAUCCAGCCACGUGCACUGCUUCUCCAAUUUUCUCACUGCUCAAAACAACUGUUUCCCUCUUCUGUCAAAUCCAAUGGAUAGUUACCCUACAACUUCUCUUGUUCCAAAUACAUUUUCUUGUAACCAAAUAGCUCCAUUCACUACUACUAAUAAUCCAGCUUCAUUUGGGGUUCAAGAUCCUUCAAUUCUUCUAAGGACUUCACUUGACAGCUAUGGUCUGAAUUUCAAGAAAGAGGACAUUUUUAAUGUACCCCAAGAAACAGGGGUAAUUAGCACUGACAUGAAUACUGAUAUCACCUCAGUCGUAUCAAAUCUUGAAAUGAAAAGAAGGUUUCUUGAAGAUCAGGUGCCAUCAGCAGGUAUGGUUGGAUUACAGGGUCUUGAUUGUCUCUGGAGUUGCUGAAUUAUCUUGAAACAAGAAUGCCAAAUAAGUCAAAAAACCCAAAAAACAGAAAAAAAAAAAAAACAGAAAAAAGAGCAGGAAAGAGGUACAACUUUAGUUAUUGCAGACAGUAUUAUAUAGCUUAUGGCACCAGGGUUGUUGCACUGAUGGUGUAAAGAUUCGUUUAUACUGUCAGUGAAUAUAAGUUAAAUCUAUCGCAUAAAAUACUAUUAGUAUGUUAAUGUUUUGUUGCUUUUUGUUUCUGGGCAACUUAUUAGAUGGUGAUGUUGAAGUUAUAUAAAUAGUACUGAAUGGUGUAAGCAUGAAACUGUGGGAGAUCAAAAGUUGGUGACUGUGAUCUUUUCACUGUUGUUUUUUUCUAUGGAAAAACUAAACUCUAUUCCAUCUCUA